GGUGUUGAUUCUUCACAGCCUGUGCAUUCUGUGAGCCAGAGUGUUCUGUUCACCAAGCCUGGGACUGCAACAUCUGUUUCCUCUCCUGUGAUCUCAUCAGUAAAAACACCUGCUCCAAGCCUUUCUUCACAGCCACAGUCUUCACCUUCUGUUACACAGUCACCAGAGCCGGCCCUUCAGGAAGGCAUGCAGUAUGGUGGAUAUGUUAAUAAUCAAGCUAGCUCUGCACCAGCUCCCUUGUCAUCAAGUUCAGAUGAUGAGGAAGAGGAUGAGGAGGAUGAGGAAGCAGCAAUUGAUAGUUCCUCCACUACAAGCAGUGCCUCUCCUGUGCUGAACAAUUACGAUGCCCUGGAAGGAGGUGGCUAUCCAGAGACGCGUUCUGUGACCAGCAGCCCAGUUCCUGCUCCAUCGGCCCUGCAAACACCAAAAGCUUCUAAGCCCUUUGGUUAUGGAUAUCCCACACUGCAGCCUGGCUACCAAAAUGCAGCGCCUCCUACUCCUGUGCAGCCCAGUAAUCCAGGACACCAUCUUGGGUUUCAGCACUAUACACAGCAAUAUCCAGGCGUGAACCAGCUGUCCUCUUCUGUAGGAGGGUUAAGUCUACAGCAUAGUCAGCAGCCAGAAAGCUUGAGACCAGUAAACCUUACACAAGAUAGAAAUAUUUUGCCUGUAUCUUCAGUUCCAGCACCUGUGCCUAACUUGAAUUCUGAUCUUAGGAAAUUAAACUGCAGUCCAGAUUCAUUUCGAUGUACAUUGACAAAUAUUCCACAGACGCAGGCUUUGUUAAACAAAGCUAAACUUCCUUUAGGUUUGUUACUACAUCCCUUCAGAGACCUAACGCAAUUACCAGUAAUAACCUCAAGUACAAUAGUGAGAUGCAGAUCCUGCAGGACAUAUAUCAACCCUUUUGUUUCUUUCAUUGAUCAAAGGAGGUGGAAGUGCAAUCUGUGCUAUAGAGUUAAUGAUGUUCCUGAAGAAUUUAUGUAUAAUCCUCUGACACGAUCUUAUGGAGAGCCUCACAAACGGCCAGAGGUCCAAAAUUCUACAGUGGAAUUCAUUGCUUCCUCAGACUAUAUGCUUCGUCCUCCUCAGCCUGCGGUAUAUUUAUUUGUUUUAGAUGUGUCUCAUAAUGCAGUGGAGGCUGGAUAUUUGACAAUAGUCUGCCAGUCAUUGCUGGAAAACCUAGACAAGCUGCCUGGAGACUCAAGGACAAGGAUAGGGUUCAUAACGUUUGACAGCACUGUUCAGUUUUACAACUUGCAAGAAGGUUUAUCGCAGCCUCAAAUGCUGAUUGUCUCGGAUAUCGAUGAUAUUUUCCUACCUACACCAGACAGUUUACUUGUAAAUCUCCAUGAAAGCAAAGAGCUCAUAAAAGACCUACUGAAUGCAUUACCAAAUAUGUUCACCAAUACAAGAGAAACACACAGUGCAUUGGGCCCUGCUCUUCAGGCUGCAUUUAAAUUGAUGUCUCCAACGGGUGGUCGAAUAUCUGUGUUUCAAACUCAGUUACCAUCUUUGGGAGCAGGGCUUUUGCAUUCCAGAGAAGAUCCCAAUCAAAGGUCAAGCACAAAGGUGGUCCAGCAUCUUGGUCCAGCAACAGAUUUUUAUAAGAAGUUGGCACUGGACUGUUCAGGCCAGCAGACUGCUGUGGAUUUAUUUCUCUUAAGUUCACAAUAUUCUGAUCUAGCUUCUCUUGCUUGCAUGUCCAAGUAUUCUGCUGGGUGCAUCUAUUACUAUCCAUCUUUCCAUCAUAGCCAUAAUCCUGCUCAGGCUGAAAAGUUGCAAAAAGACCUUAAAAGGUACCUUACAAGAAAGAUUGGAUUUGAAGCAGUUAUGCGCAUAAGAUGCACAAAAGGUCUUUCAAUACAUACUUUUCAUGGGAACUUUUUUGUACGAUCUACUGAUUUAUUGUCCCUUGCCAAUGUUAAUCCUGAUGCUGGAUUUGCAGUACAAAUGUCCAUUGAGGAAAGUCUGACUGACACAUCUUUGGUUUGUUUUCAAACAGCUCUUUUGUAUACUUCCAGCAAAGGUGAACGUCGAAUUCGAGUGCACACACUUUGUUUACCUGUAGUAAGUUCACUGGCUGAUGUAUAUGCAGGAGCAGAUGUACAAGCAGUUGUAUGUCUCUUAGCAAACAUGGCUGUGGAUCGCUCAGUUUCAUCUAGUCUUUCAGAUGCAAGAGAUGCCUUAGUUAAUGCCGUGGUAGAUUCCUUGGCAGCAUACAUGUCGACUGUCUCGAAUCUGCAGCAGUCCAUGCUAAUAGCACCAAAUUCCCUCAAGCUAUUUCCACUGUAUGUUUUGGCCCUUCUCAAACAGAAAGCAUUUAGAACAGGCACAAGUACACGCCUGGAUGAUCGUGUAUAUGCAAUGUGCCAGAUGAAGAGCCAGCCUCUUGUUCAUUUGAUGAAAAUGAUACAUCCCAACUUGUACAGGAUAGACAAGUUGAUUGAUGAGAGUACCAUACAUGUAAAUGACAGAGUUGUUCCGCAGCCACCUCUUCAGAAGCUGUCUGCAGAGAAGUUGACAAAAGAAGGAGCUUUUCUAAUGGAUUGUGGCUCA